GUUAUUUGCUGCCUUUCUGGGGCUUUGCCCACUGCGAGGGAAUCCUUUCAGGAUUCUACUGGAUGCUAUUCGAUCGGGCGAUUCCAGACUCGAUCCUGAUAGGUUCGAUAGCUAGCCUGCCCGUGGCAGAGUUCGAGGGCAAGAAGACGUGGUUCGCGCCCUCCUGGCUGGCGGCGCUGCAUCUUCUGCGGUCCUGGAGCAAGAUCCUCAGGGUCUACAAGAUCAACCUAGAGAUGUUCCGCAACCAGCUGCUGGACAUCCUGAUCUCUACGUUCUUCAAGGUGUAUCUCAUGGCCAUGAUGAUGCUCACCUUCGAAAACCUCGGCGAUCCGCCUUUCUUUGUGGAGUUCUCCCAGGUGAAGUGGAAUACAAUUUCUUCGAUGUACUUCGUGCUGACGAGUGUGGCCACGGUUGGAUUUGGAGACCUGGCCCCCUUGAGCAGCCUUGGCCGCAUCUGUACCGUCUUCGCCAUCUACAGUGGCUUGGCGUGGACGGCGACUGCUGCCUAUAGGUGCCUGCAGAUCCUGGCAGUCAAUCAAACCGGUGGUGGCUUCUUCGAGCCAGUGCUGCACAGCAAGUACAUCGUCGUCAUUGGCAAUCCGACCGGCCAGAUGUUGAGGAACUUUCUCGCCGAGAUCUUCCACCCUGAUCAUGCAGAGGACGCCGAUGACCUUCACGUCUCGGUAAUUCUUCCACCCGGGCACCCGGGCCAAGAGGUGGUUACAGAGUGGCUGCGGCAGCCGCAGAAUCUUCGGAUGUUGCCUCGGGUCCACAUCUUCCAGGGGACAGCAUUGAGCGACACAGAUCUGAACCGUGUGACGAUCGCUGCUGCCACUUGCGUGUUCAUUCUUCCGAACCUCCUGUGCCAGAGCGUGAUGCAAGAGGAUACGGAGAAUAUCAUCCGGAUGAUGGCUGUGCAGAGGUUGGUGCCGAAGGCCCGCUUUAUCUUGCUUCUCUUGCGUGCAGAAAACCGCAAGCUGCUGACGGAGGCACACAUGGAUGGAAAUGUCACUACGGCAGCUUACGACCAGUUCAAACUGGAGAUGGCGGGCAAGUCUUGCAUGGUCCACGGCUUCGCACCGUUGCUCUGCAAUCUGUGCAAGUCCAUCGCCAUUGAGGAAGAUGAGGACGACGAGGAGGGCGAGGCAGAUCACAAGCCGCAGUGGAAGAAGGACUUCGAGCGGGGCUGUGGCUUGGAAGUCUACGAGGUGGAGCUCAGCCUCACCUAUGCUCAGAGAGAUGCUACCUUCAUCGAGGUUGUGGUCGAUAUCAUCGAGCAGACGGGUGGCCUGGUGUACCUCGUGGGUCUUGUCGAAGCUCGGCAAGACUCCAAGAAAGUUCUCAUCAACCCUGGCCCGAACUACAAGAUCAAGCAGUCACUCCCCGGCUUCAAGAUCAUGGGCAUCUUCCUGGCCUCGGAUCGCGAGGCCAUCAUGCAGUGCGACGUGGGCAUGGUGUUCCUUGGGCGUCGGGAGCGUGUGUCUCUGGACGAGGGUGGCAUGGACCAGGAAGAGGAGGAGGGCACGGCGCCAAAGAUCGUCCAGAAGGAGGAGGACAUUCCAGAACUCGCGCACGUGAGUAUGAAGCCCGAGCACAAGGCUGCUGCCAUCAACCUGGCCAGAGUUUCCCGGAGGCACCAGAGGUCACUGAAGCCGAUGCGGCCUCCUCUGAAACGGCUGGCUGUCGGUGGCCACAUCCUCAUCCUGGCCGUCGGGACUGAGAUGACCGAGGAUCUCCGACUAGGCAUCGAGCACUUCGUCAAGCCCCUGCGCCAAAGCAUCCUCAACGCGGAGGACAUCAUCCCAGUAGUUGUGCUGUCGGCCAUGCAGCCGAGGGACUGGUUCAACGUGGAGACCAGUGAGCAGGUUUACUUCCUCCAGGGCUCUCCGACGUCGAUGCUGGACCUGCAGCGCGUCAACUUCACAGGCGCCUCCGCCAUCUUCAUCACGCACGGCGGCGCCGGUCGGCAUGAUGUUGAGAACAAGGAGAGCUGGACUGUGGACUUCGAGGUCAUCUGCUGCACCAGGCUGGUGGAGUCCCAGCUUCCCAUCGGAUCCCCCACGCUGGUCUUGUCCGACAUCGUAGUGGACUCGAACCAUCCCUUCCUGCCGCUGCCUGGCUUGGUUGGGGCCGGGCAGAUGCCAAAGGAGCAGCUGAAGGGUGGCCAGGGAGGCAAAGAGGGUCGUUUUGGAGUCUUUGGCAAGCAGGAUGCAGCAAAGCGCACGAAACAUAAGAAGUUGGAGGAGUACUUCGUGCAGCCGAGAUUCGCCGCCGGGCGCCUCUUUGCGGGAGGGACGACCUUCACUUCCCUGGCAGCCAACACCUUUUACAAUCCGACGCUGAUUGACCUCGUGAGCACCAUGGUCACGACGCAGAUCAGGAUGGUGAAGCUCCCGCAUUCCUGGGAAGGCAAAUCCUACUUCGAGCUCUUCGACUUCUUGCUCUGGAAGGAGAAGCUCUUGGCGGUGGGCAUCUACAGAACUGCCCUGGGCUUAGCGAGCCUGAUUCGUACUGCCCUGUGCCGUCGCGAGAAGCCGUGCAACAAGCCCUCGUGCUAG